UCGCAAAGUAAAAGCUCUUUAGCAAUCGCUGAACGUUAGCUAACAACUCACAAUUUAACUCUAAAAGUUAUCCACAGACACUUUAACAGGGUAGACUGCAGCUGAAGUACAGCUUUCUGUGUUUUAAGUCAAACGUUUAUACACUAUAAACCUCUUUCAUUAACAUGCUUGACUCUUACUGUCAUGUCCACCAAGGGCAAGUUAGCUAACGUUAGCUUAGUCGUUUUCUGCUGAAGUACAUUAACGUAAAGGCUGAGUGAGCUGUGUGGAUCAGACAAAAUAAAGAUUAUCUCCUAAAAUAAAAUCAGCAUGGAGUGUAUUGUGCACAAUCAUCUACUAAAGAGUAAUUAAGUUUGUGUUAAUUCAAUAGAGCUGCAUGUGAGAAAGUAAAACUAGUUUUCAAAUUGUGUAUUUUAUUUUUGUGUUGAAAUUAGACAACAGAAUUGUUAAUUGUUUUGUCCUGAUAUUAGUACCUGAAACUGAAAAGAUUGCUAGAUAAAAAAGAUGAAGAAGUUAAUUGACUGACAAAAAUGCUAAUAUUAAACAGUUAUUAAAAAAUCACCAAAUAUUCUAAAUAUCUAAUACGUAAAAUUUGUGUGCUUUCUCAGUCAAUGUCAGGGUUUUGGAUUUUGGACUUUCAACUAACAAUUUUUUAUCAAUUCAUUGAUUUAAUCUGUAAAAUAUGAAACAGUCCUCUGCAAAACAGUUUUGCAGAGGAGUUUACGUUAAAAAAUUUCAAAUUGCUUCUUUGUCUGACUAAUAGUCCAAACCUAAAGAUAUUCCAUUUACAGUUAUAUAAAACAAAGAAAAGUAGUAAAUCCUCACAUCUGAACGGCUGGAAAAGGUAAAUGUUUGCUAUUUUUGCUUGAUAAAUUGACUAAUUGAUUGAUUCAGUGAUCUUUUUAUCAUUAGAAAAAAAAAUUUAACUUGGGCUCUGGGAAAUUAUAGACUAAUGAAUGUUUUCUUUUAUUUUCUCACACUUUAUGAAUCAACAGAUUCAUCAAUAAAAUAAUCAACAGAUAUAUACAUAAUAAGUGUAAUAAUUAGUUGCCUCCCUGCUUGGUACGGUCACUUCAGUGCAGUAUGAUGCUGUUUGAUUAUUCAGACCCUAUUUUUAGGUUCAGACUAAUGUAUUAAAGUGCAAAGUUUAUAGAAAAAUGUAAAACGCAAUUUACUUUGGCAUCAAGAAUCUUUGUGUCAUCUUAUCCUAUAAAGCAUACUGAACAGGAGCUGAGAGCACAGAGAGGAUCGAUGCAAAUCCCCUUCAGGGACAGUGAGUACGCAGCCUGCAGGUGAGUGGAGUGGGCAAAGAAAAAUCCAAGCAAGCAGCGAAAGCAAUGUAGCAACUGUAAGAGGCAGUGGCAUCAGCAGACUGAGCUGCAGAGCUUUCAUUAGUGGGAAAUGUACUUCAACACUGGAGUUGUCUGAACCAUGGCUCACAGGCUUUGCAUCCUGUAAAAGUUUCUCAUUUUGGCUCUACAGUUCUAUCAGUUCAUUAAUUCAUGGGAUCGAUGUGGAGAGUAACUUCCCUCAGCACACAGUAGGUCGCUGUGGUCUCUUCUGUUCCAGGACUUUGGGUCCAUCUGGAUGUUGAGUGUGCGGGCUCUGUUUGGGAUCGGCUUCCUGGUGACCUCAAGGGCCCCGGCAGUCCUUGCUCAGACAGGGGCAUGUCCGCUGUUCGCUGCAACUAACAAUCACAAGUACUGUUUCAGUAGCAGACCAGCAUCCACCAUGGCCCAGACCAUCAAAUAUCUCGGGCAGGAGGAGGCCCAACACAUUGAUGAGGAGCUCUUCAGUGAGUACGGCUUCAGUGUGGACCAGCUGAUGGAGCUGGCGGGACUCAGCUGUGCCACAGCCAUCGCCAGGGCGUAUCCAGUUACUUCCCUGGUCAAGGCCAGACCUUCUCUGCUGGUGAUUUGUGGACCAGGUAACAACGGAGGCGAUGGCCUGGUCUGUGCCAGACAUCUUAAACUCUUUGGUUACGAGCCCGCCAUCUUGUACCCGAAGAGGACAAACAAACCUCUGUUCCAGGGCCUGACCACACAGUGCCAGAAAAUGGAGAUCCCCUUCCUGACUGAGAUGCCUGAGGCUAAAAUGAUCGAUGAGGCUUACAACCUAGUGAUAGACGCCAUCUUCGGCUUCAGCUUCAAGGGGGCUGUGCGAGAGCCUUUUGGUUCCAUCCUUGGCGUGCUGAAGAAGACGACAGUCCCCAUAGCCAGCAUCGACAUCCCCUCAGGUUGGGAUGUGGAGCAGGGCAGUGCUGAUGGACUGCAGCCCGACAUGCUCAUCUCUCUCACUGCUCCCAAGAAGUCUGCCUCCCUGUUCAGAGGACGAUACCACUUCCUGGGAGGUCGGUUUGUGCCACCAGGCUUAGAGAGGAAGUACCAACUCAACCUGCCUCAGUAUCCCGGCACGGACUGUGUGUUACAACUGUAGAGGAUAAUGUAGGUUUGAUGAGGGGUUUCAGUGGCUCCAGGAAUAGCGUCGACUUUAAAGGAAUAGUUCUGCCUUUUGCCUUCCAAGUGAUAGACAAGAAGAUCGAUACCACUGUCAUGUCUGUGUGAUGAAUACGUGGUGGAAGUCUGGAGGCAAAUUAAGGGUUAACAGCUAGACUGGCUCUGUUCGAAGUUGGAAAAAAUGCCUAUCUGCACCUCUAAAGCUCACAGAUGAACACGUACCUCGUCAGUUACAAUGUCUUGGCAGAAAAAUAUCUGGGCCCAGUUAUCAAUGAGUUUUACCAUCAGUGAGGUUGCCAGAUAUGGUACCGUCAUGCCUGUACAAAGACAUACUUAAAGCCUAUGUUCAUUAUAUGUAUGUGGCAACCCACAAGACUGAGAUGCUGCACUGAAUUACUGUGUUCCUCAAGAACUAAUGGCUGGACAUGAAUCCCCCUAUUACAACAAAUUACCGUUUUUACAUUUUUAUAUGUGUACAGAUAGAAAAUAAUGAAUUAUUUUAUAAUUAAUUAUUUAGUGAGCGUUAGAGGAGCUUGUAUGCUUGAACGUCGGCUUGACUGCCACCAGUCGUCAUGCUAAGCUAUGCUAAUCACAUCCCGACUCCAGUUCUUUACUUUACACACAGACAUGAGAGUAGAAUCUAUGCUCUACACUUAUCCUUAAAUGUAUUUCCCUAAAUGUUAAACUAUUCCUUUAAAUCUGGGACUUUGAUUGGUUUCCAUUGAGUGGAUGAUGUUUGGUGUAAUCCUAAGGCUGUGCUGUAAAGCCAAUAAGGUGUUGUAAUAGUUUUCUUCAUGUGAAAACACAACACUUUAACAACAUGAAAAUAAAAUCUAAAUGAGUGGAA